UAAGAUUCUACAAGCCAGGAAGAGAAACUGAAACUGACCAUGCUGGUACCUUGAGCUUGGACUGCAGCCUCCAAAACUCUUGUUCCAUAUCAACACAUAGCCCCGACUAAGAGGUUGAGAGACAGCCAUUUUGUUUGUAGUCUGGAAGGACUGCAAAUCCCGGCAUCCCUCGCGGCAGCGGCCCUCUACACACAACAAAUCCCGGCAUGCCCCUGAGCGGCCCGAGGUGGAGGGUUCUAGAAGGCGUGACGUGGGGUCGAGAGCGGGAUCGGAGGCUGGCGCCUUUCGGCAGUCGCUGUGGCUGCAGCUGCCGGGCCUGGGGACGCGAGCGGCCGAGGCCGCCGUCGCAGCUUCCUAGUCUCGCCGGCUAUGGCUACGCUCGGCCGGCCCUUCAGCGGCCUCCCUCUGAGCGGCAGCUCGGACUUCCUGCAGCCGCCGCCGCAGCCGGCCUUCCCUGGCCGGGCCUUCCCGCCAGGGGCUGACGGCGCCGACUUGGCCCCGCGGUCGGGACCCCGCGCAGUCCCUAGCAGCCCCGCCGGGAGUGCGGCGCGCGGACGUGUUUCUGUUCACUGUAAAAAGAAACACAAGCGAGAGGAGGAGGAUGAUGAUUGUCCAGUAAGAAAGAAAAGGAUAACUGAAGCAGAGCUCUGUGCUGGUCCUAAUGACUGGAUUCUUUGUGCACAUCAGGAUGUAGAGGGGCAUGGAGUAAAUCCCUGCAUUAGUGGCCUUUCCGUACCUGGGAUAUUAGAUGUUAUUUGUGAAGAAAUGGAUCAGACAACUGGAGAACCACAGUGUGAAGUUGCCCGAAGGAAGCUUCAAGAGAUUGAGGACAGGAUAAUUGAUGAAGAUGAAGAAGUUGAAGCUGACAGAAAUGUUAACCAUCUCCCCAGUCUUGUCCUUUCUGAUACCAUGAAAACAGGUUUGAAGAGGGAAUUUGAUGAAGUUUUUACAAAGAAAAUGAUUGAGUCUAUGAGCCGUCCUUCCAUGGAGCUUGUUCUCUGGAAACCCCUCCCUGAACUCCUUUCUGAUAAGCCAAAGCCAUCCUCUAAUACUAAGAACUAUACAGGAGAGAGCCAAGCUAAGCAUGCAGCUGCUGGCACUGCCUUCCCUCAGAGAACUGAACUGUUCUUGGAACCUCGGCAACCAGGGAUGUCUCUUUAUAAUAAUUUGGAGACAGCUACUAGCACAGAAGAAGAGAUGGAACUCUAGAAACCAAUUUCUACACUAAAGUUGUCAAAUGUUAGAAGAAUCCUGUGUUCAGUUAUGAGACUCUUUGCAUAGUAUAGGGACUUGAAAGUUUUAUGAAACGGGUGUAAUAAUAUCUCCACCUGUGAUUUGGGGGUGGGACUCUCAUUUUGGGUAGCCAUUUAUUGACUUCAACUUUUUGCCAAGGAAGUUUGUCUCAAGGGAAAAGCAGUUUUCUGUGGGGCUUAUUAAAGGAAUGUUGGUUUACAGUUUCUUCGAAGAUUACAGCCUCUUCAAAGACAAGUAUAGAAGCUGUAUGUGUAAGGGUGACUUAAAUCAUAUAUCACAUUGUCUAAACUAUUCAGACACUUGGAGAAUAUUCUCCUUGAAUUAAAAAAAGAUGAUUAAGAAGGAUGCUCCUACUACAGCUGUAUCCUGACAGUUAAGUCACAGUUUAGUGUGUAGAUAUGAGCUAUUUACAGUGGUGCCUAUAUCUAAUUGGGGAGGAGGGAAGAGAGCAGUAGCUUAAGCCUGUUGCUAAGAAAUCUAAUUUCUUAGCAACUUGUAAUUUAGUUAUCAAUUCAGUAUAGCUCGUUGAUAGCCAGUAGUAUUGUGGCUCUCCUCUUUGACUAUGAAAAUAAUAGAGAAAGUUUUUCCUUCAAGGCUUUUUUGCCUUGUGCCACUGUUACUCCUUGGUUUCCCUUGCGUAAUUGAUAAGCCCAGUUAUUCAGUAAUGUUUACAAAUUAAUUGACUUUCAAUGAUAGUUAAAAGACUGAUGUAACCCAUCUGCAAUUUGCCUAUGGGGAAGCGUCCUUUAGUUCAUCCUAAGGAAGUGCUUGGUCAACUAAACCCAGCAUUGAUAACUUUAGUAAUUUUUUAAAAAGUUAUACUUGUAUUAGCAAGUUUUUUUUUUUUCCCCACCGCAACCUCCACCUCCCGGGUUCAAGCAAUUCUCCUGCCUCACCCUCCUGAGUAGCUGGGAUUACAGGUGCCUGCCUCCACGCCCAGCUAAUUUUUGUAUUUUUAAUAGAGACCGGGUUUCGCCAUGUUGGCCAGGCUGGUCUCGAACUCCUGACCUCAGGUGAUCUGCCCACCCCAGCCUCCCAAAAUGCUGGGAUUACAGGCGUGAGCCACGGCGCACAGCCAGCAAGUUACUUUUAAAUGUUAAUUUAGAAAACAGUGAAUGAUUAGCUGAAAAUAUAUGAGCAGGUGACAUUGAGGUUUACUGAAACAGCCAAUUUGACUGGUGCUGAGACUUGUGCAGUAAGCCUAAAAGGUAGUGGAGAAUUGCUUCCUGCUAGCAGGAAGCCUUCAUCUUCUUGAGUACCUAAACCAGGCUUCAGGUGUCCUUUGAGGAUAGCCAGGUUUGAAAUUUGUAGUUUCUCAGGAAGAGCUCUUCUGUGUGGCAGGGGCUGAUAGGGCAAAAUAAAAUGACAGUUUCUUUAUUGCUACAGAAUAUCCACUAUAAGUUAUUAAAUGAGUGUAAUGGUAUAAUGCCCUUCCAUCACAACAGGACACCACCCCAGUUUUGUUUUCUGGGUUUCUUCCCCCUUUGUAGGAAUCAGAUACCUUUUAUAGAAAAAAAAUGGCUUAUGCCACAUAAAGGUGAAUUUUUAGAAACCACCUUCUAGGCGUUUUUGGAACCCUUACUGAAAUCCCUCCCCUUGUUACAGAUGGCAUAGAAGUCACAAGUCUGUUAAUUGGACUGUUACUUCUUUGCCUGUUCCUGCUUUCUCUUUCUGUCUGGAUAGUCAGGAAAAUAUUUAAUGUUUAAUAUUUAAACAAAUUAUUUAAUAUCUAUACAGUAAAAUUAUUCAAACUUCAAACCAGUAUUGAAAGCAGUUGAAAACCAGCUAAUAGUUUCUUAAUCUCAGAUUUCGAGAUGAAUGUAAACUGUAUUCUUUCGAAAUGUGCAAGUGUUUGAUUCAUGCCGUUUGAUAAACUUCUGCCUUGUAGUCAUUGUUUGAUGGGACCAACUUGUAAAGUUUGUAGCCUUAAACAAAUCUCCAUGCUAAAAAAUGUGUUCCAGUGCAACACAAAAACAUGAAGUGACUGCCCAGAGGUAGAGUUAGUGUUUAGGUGGAAAGGAAGAUGACAGCUUUCCAAAGAAGAAUCUAAAACACACCAAGAUUGUCUUCUACAGGAAUUGUUGGGCAGGUCUCCGACUAAAGGUCUUACGAUGAAAAGGAAGAAACGAGCCCCCAACCCAAGGCUCUGAUACUACUGGUAAAUGUAGGAGAGAAUUAAGAUUCUGUUAAUUAAAAUCCAAACAGAGCUUAUUUCACUAGUCAAGUUACCUGACGUGAUAAUUAUUUCUGCAGGAUAAUUGAUGUUUUAUGUUCUUUUUUGGACUUUAUCUUCUUGCAUAUGUUUCUACAAAAAUUGUUUUCUUCAUCCUUGUGGUGCUUAUUCAUCUGAGCCGUCUCCACAGUCCCAAUGCCUCUGCUUUUUGUUUUACUUUUGUAGCAUAAGGGUUUUGCUUUUGCUUUGCCUUAAGAUUUCCCUAGGGAGUUAUCAGGGCUUUUCGUUUUGUAUAGCUUUUGCAGCAUGGAUCAAACAUUGGCUUACUGUGCUAAUGUGUGAAGAGAAAAAAUUAUCUAAAGCAGGUGAGCUUUAAUGAACAAAUGUGUAUUUUAUCUGAGUUUGAGUAGGGUGCGUGUGGUUUUUGUUUUUUGUUUUUGUUUUUUUGUAAUAUGAAGAAAGUCCAGUUCUCAUAAAUAUUAAUCACUUAAAAAACUGCUACUCUUUCUUGAAAAGGUACACAUGUAAAAUUUAGGAAAAUAACUAAGGUAGGGGCAGGAACCAUAAGAAAAAUGUUUACCAGCAUGUUCAUGUAUUAUUUUGGAUUUGGAACUUGGCUUUGUUUUUCAAAAGUGACAAGAAUGGUUCAGUUCUAGGAAUGUUCUGGAAGAUGCUGUUAAUUUUACUUUAAAAUGAGAAUCUGGUGUUUCUGUAUUUUAUCGUUUUCAAUAAAACUUCUUAAGUGUUUUGGA